AGCUGAUAGGGUGCAUUUCUUACCUGGCAAACUGUUUGAACCAACCUCACAUGCCGGAGAAUACAAACACAGCGUAGCCGCGAAAAAUAAAAUUAUACAUACGACCAAACGUCAAUUGAUAUUAACCUCAUGCUCCUCGUUUCCAGAUGGAUGCUUCCACUGCCACUCGUGAACCUCAAAGAAAAUGUCCGGGACCGCUCGUCACGCUUCUUCAUCUCCUAACACACUGAGAACCGAUACCUUCGACAGCGCUAUACCCCCUAUAAGUCCUCAUGCUUCGUCUCCCAGUACCUCGCCAAAUAGGAGCAUAGGUCCACCUACAGUCUCUAUUCCGCCAGACGCAGAAGAGAGCAUUACAUCGACAUUCGCAUCCGAACUUUCCUGUGCUUCUGCUGGGAAAGAACGAAGUGAUAAUGUCGAGGAGGAGGUCGUGGAGAAUGUUGAAGAGCCUGCUACAGUGGUUGAGGUUGAUGAAGCGAAUGAAGCAGUGGUAGAGCGAGAAGUGGAAGUGGAGAACCACGAGGCUGUACUAGCAGAGGACAACUACACGGCACAACAAGAGCAGGUUGAAGUCGAAGAUUCACAAGUCGAAGCAGAAGCGGAGGCACCACCUGAAGAGGCGGAGGUGCCAGAAGCUGUUGAAGACGAUGAAUCACAACAGCCAUUAGAAGAACCAGUUCUAGAAAAGUCGCAAAUGGAGGUGGAGCACAGUGCAACCACUCCAGACCACCAGGUCGUGGAAGAAACGGAGCCUAACCCAGCAAUGGCUUCUUCUAGUGAAGAUAUGGUAGUGGCCGAAGUCGAAGCCGACGAGGUGGCUGUUAAAGUAGAGCAGUCGGCUGUCGACGAGCAACCGGCUGAGGCUGAGGCUGAACAAGCGCAAGCGGAUGAAGCUCCUGAGGAACCACAAGCCGCGCCUGAGGCUGCCCAACCAAGGGAAGCUGCAGCCCGAGAUGAAAUUCCUGCACAGGAGGAGGAAGUUGGCCAGGAGGCUCCAGAAGAGGACGCGUCUCCGCCUGAAGCUGAAGCUGAGGAUGGCAUAGCUUCAGAAGCAGAGGGGGAAGAGCUCGGACGCGCAGAAGAAACAACCGUUGUUGUAGAAGAACAUGAGAUCACUACUAGUAGGGAAGUAGCAACACUUCUAGCACACGAGGUUGUUAUUGAAGCAGCAAUGUUGGAAGUAGUACAAGCAGAACAAGUAGUAGAACAGAAAAGAGAAGUAGAGGACGAAGUAACUCGACUAGCGAGAGAUACAAUAGUAGAGCAGGAGGUGGAGGAACCGGAAAUGUUGGUAGCGGAAGAGGCAGAGGUGGAGAAGGUGGUAGACGAUAAUCCUCCUUCAGAUGAACCGGCACAAGCGGCUGUGGAUGAAGCACCGGAACCGGAGACAGAGGAGAAUGACCAAGUAGAAGUAGUCGAAGCUCCUGCUGUAGGUGCUCCUGCAGUAGUAGUGCCGGAACAAGAAGAUUCCUCUAGGGACCCACAAAGACAGGAAAGCGAAGAGGAGAUCUUAGAACACGAAGUACCUGUGCAGGAGACUGUAGAAGCCGAAAUCGAGCAGCCGUCAGAGGAAGUAGCUGUCAACAACGCUACGCUUGUAGCAACAUCGAUUCUAGCAGAAGUUGUUGCUGAUGAUGGGGUAGACAAUGAGGAUGUCGUAGCUCCUAGGAGUGCCUCCAAUGAUCCUGUAGAAACUACCGAUCUUCUUGACACUACACUUCUAGAUCUACUGCCAAUGCCAGAAAUAAAAGGAGAAGUAAGAGAACCUUCACCUCCAGAAGAAACCCCUUUCGAAGAACCUUCUCCCGAUGAAGCCUUACCCGAAGAAGAUCGUACUGAUGUCUUCCUGCGUAGUUUCUUCAAGCCUCAUUUCUCAGAACGAGAACUGCAGGAGCGUGAGGACUUGUUGAUGCGAGGGAUGCGCAAGUCCAAAGGCCUUAGUGCACCUUCGCGCUGCGCUCUAGAAAGUCUCCUGGCACAGGCAAGUGAAAGCAGUGACGUGAGGCGAGCCAAACACCAUCUUGGGCAGUUUCCUGCUGUAUCACCACGCGUUCCGACAAUAAAAGUCUAUAGUGGUGGAACACGGAAUAACUACAGCAGACCAAUAAGUGAGAAGCUGCAUGACGACGAAGGGAAAGAACAGCUCCGAAUUAAGGCUUUCUCUAAUCCAUCUCCAGAAGCAUCUUAUAUAUACUUAGGACUGUUCCAGAAGGGGGAACGAAACGGCCUCAUGAUGAAAAUCAAGAUGGAUUAUUAUAAGUUUAGCUCUAACCAGAGUUCUAGUUUGAGUCGUUGUGAAGUCCCCGCACCAGCAGUCGAACCAGUAGUAGAAUGGGGUCCUAUCUACGGUGAAACAGCACAUCCACGUGGCUUCUCACCUAGAGUUUCACCUCGUCAAUUUGAUUGGCCAGAUACUCAAUUCGCAAACAACCUACACAUGAAGAAGUCUCCCCAGAAGUUGUCGCCACCUCAAAGGUCAAGGUCUCCAAAAAAGUGGUCGUCACCACGACUUGGACUUGCCGGAACAGCUGAAGCAACACGGCCAAACACCGCACCAGGAACUACUUUGAUGUAUGGUGGUGCGGCUAUGUCGCUUCGUCGAAACGCUGCAUCUAUGAGAGCUGAACAAGAAAUAGCAAGCCAGAGACAACAACAGAAUAUUUUUAAGGCUUGCCUUUCUUGGGUGUUCCUGUUUUUACCGUUCCUCGCUUUGGCUCAAGAGGGAAAGACAUAGCGAACGGGGUAACUAAGUGAACACCAAAAGGCUACCCCUAAGAAUGGCCUCACCUCAAAAAGCUACAAAAGGCCUCGUUCGUCAGGGCCUCCAGGCGUCGUCGCCCCUGGCGAUUUCAGACACGAUGGCAGGAAAGAUAAGGCGGAGGCGCAUAAGGAGAUUACGGCGAAUUAUGAGGCAUGGAAGGUAGAGAGGCGAAAACAGCAAAAGCACUCAGAAAUGGUCAAUAUGCCGAUGCAGCUGAUGGCUCAAAACCGAGACGCUCUGCGGGAGAAAACGGGUUAUACAAGACAAGGCUUGCCGGAUCCUGACGACUUGAGCCUUAGCUCGUUGUUGAAAAGGUACGUUCUAUUCGAAAACUCAAAAUAUCCGAGUUACUGACUGAAAUAAGGGACGCAGCUUACUAUCAAGGCUACCCUUCCUUCUCAUCAGUAUCUCGGUUAUUCUGAUCAGUUACUUGCUUAUUUCAGUUUUUCGAAUAAUCGUUUCUGAUCUCUAGUGCCCUGCUACUUCCCUUUUCCAACAAAUUGAAAUUUGUCUUCCAAUUUGUCUUCCAAAACCAGGAGCAAAAAAUGUGAAUUUCCUUGCAGGCGUGCCAACGAGCGUAUGGAAGCUCGUCGAGCUAAGUCUAUUCGUGAGCAUGGUCUAGGCUCUAAAGUCGGUCGCCGCUUCGUGAAUGCUGCUCGGGAACAAGAGGAAUUUUUUGGCGGAAGUCUCCGUAUUAUGGACAUGGACUCCUUCGACCUCAAACGCAUUUCAAAACGCAUGGCCGAUGCGCGUAGAGGAAAUUUUGUAGUGGAGGUGCAGACAGAUCGCACUUGCAAACGGGAAUGUCGUGAGGUACGAGACACUGCGAGGAUGCACAAGUGGCAGAAGAACAUGGAGGUGAAACUAGGACUCCGCGAUCCUGCUGAAGAUGCGUUGUUACUGCCUGUAGCACCUGAAUUUUUGGAGUCUGUAGCCAAAAAGAACCGAGAGUGGUUGCCAAAAAAGAAGAGAUUGUUGACGCAAUUGAAAACGGAACUGAAUGAAUCUGUUGCGGAUGUUAUGAAGCGAAAAAGUGUACUCAUCGAUCCUCAAGAUGAAAGUAGGCACCUUCUAAGUAGGAAAAAGCCUCUUUUCUUGAGUAUGAGUACACUUUUUCCUGUCAUAGAUGUAGCGUGUCAUUUUGGGGUUGUAACGAAGACGCGACGAAAGCAGCUGCGGAAAGGAGCGUUGAUAGACUUUAUUACGGCUCCUGUUGAUCACUUGAUAAGUCUAACUUAGUUGUACUUCUUCUAAUUCGGUCGACGAACGGAAAUUUGAAUUAGCGGAAAGUUGAAACACGCAUCCAAGCUCAUUGGUUUUCAACUUCAUCGUGUUUGAUCCUACAACUACUUUCUACUUUCUACUCAUGUAAGUAUGUUACUUAGAUAGUGUAAGUGUGAAUUACAUCCACAAUCUCUAACUCUCUCGGCGCAACAGCUUCGGUCGGCGACGACCAAUUUCAAGAGUCAGAGGAAUCUAGGCGACGGAAGAAGAAAGAGGAACAGCGUAGCAAAGCGCAGACAAAGGUAGCUUCUUUUCUCUCAGCAAGUCUUGUGUCUUCUGGUGGAGAAAACGGUAAAGGAGGAGAUCUGCCAGCUACGCCUAGUCGUGGUAAUGGAGACGAUGAUGGUGGGCAAGGAGAAGGAGACCAAAGGAAUUCAUCAUCCACUAAAACCAAGACCAAAGGAAAAGGAAAGGCUGGUGCAAAUUCAAAGGCUUCAACUGGUGGUACUAAGGGUGCUGGUGCAAUGAACACCCAGGGUUCUGCCUUUUUCGGAGAUGAGGAUCCUGGCACCUUUCUGAAACAAGGUUUGUCAGGUAGAAUGCAGAAGAUCAAACGAGAAGUGAAAGACAUAAACGAGGGAAUGUCGAUUCUAAAAGUCUCCGGUGACGUCGAAAACAAGGCCAGUAAGGAAGUAGCGAGAAAAGGGGGAAUUAUGAAAGAUGUUGUGGUUUGUUGUAGUUUUUAGUUCUACCUAAUUAUGUAUAAGAAUGACAAUGAUGAGUGUCAGUGUCUUCUUCUAGCGUUCACAUGAAGUACAAAAGUAGACUGGAGGUGACGACUUUGAAUUUGAUUACUUUCAUUCCUUCUUGUUCAACUACUACUACUGGUACUACUUCUAGACUUACCUCCUCUUUCACGUUCACCAGCAGCCACUUUUUCUAAGUUGCCGUCCGCAGGGGCAAGUGGAAGUGGAGCUUCUAAAGGUGGGAAGCAGGACAAGCUUUACAGCACACGAGACCCCAACUACUACAGGAACAACCCAUUGACACCAAAAAUUCUCGGAGCUGGUGGAGGGACACAAGGAGACGAGACUAUGGGGAACAUGCUUAUUUCAGCUGUUGCGGGGGCGGGGAGGUAGUAGAAGAUCAUGUCUCCCUCGAAUACUUACUUCAUAUAAAUUGUUGCAGAGCUUAAGUAUUUGACUUUCAUAAUUCAGUACAACCUAGUUGAAAUUGUUCUCCAAUGUCAUACAAAAAUAUAGCGCAAUUGUCGUGGAACGAGGUACGUCCAGUGCCUCGAUUGAACAGACUAACUUACUCCACCUACGUUAUUACACCAACAUGGUUAUGGAUGCCUAUGCCUUAUACGUACCAAAACCUACAUUGUUUCGAAAGUUUUGACGACAUUCAACAUUGUCAUUUUUGUCUUAGGAUACACCACAAGCAACAUCAAUGUUCUUAAUACAACUGCCCAUGCCGAUGCUGCGGACAGCGGUUCAUAGAAGAUGAACUUCCUAGAAAGAGUCACUGCACAUCAUGUCCACGAACAUGAAAGUGAAGAUUCGUCAUGCAGCUAUCUUCUGCAGUACUUCUCCAACAUUCGUCAU